CCAAGUAAUCAAGAAAGUCCUGGUGGUUCACAUGGAUGUUUCUGGAGCAGAAGUGGGUACCUGAGCAGUGUGGGAGCUCUAGAAAUGAGGCGGUAGGAGGUGGGUGAGCAGUGGGGGACCUGAAGGGACCAGCUGGGUAGUUCUGAGUCUUUACUCCAUGGGAGGAGACAGUCCCUGCAGGUACUUUAUAGAGGAUUACUAGCCUUGGUCUGGCAGGGGAUGGCUCUCACCCCAUAAAGCAAGACCUGGCAACUAGCCUGCCCUGGGAGGUACCCAGAGGGGGACAGCAGGGAAGGAAGGAUCCCCACCUCCCUCAGAAUACCUUCAGUUGUGAUGAUGCCUGGUUAGAAUCCCCAGUUUAUAGGCAAUAUAAUUUAGGGAGCUCAUGAGACCUGUUUCCAUUUUAAUUGGACUUGGCCUUUUGUGGUAAUAGUCACCUAGUCUCUGUCUUUAAAUAUUCUUUUCUUAUGUUUUGCCAGUUUAUGGCCUUUGUAGAUCAAUCCUUGGAUUUCAUUUAGAGGAGAGAGAGGGAGGGCAAAAAAAAAAAAAAAAAAAAAAAAAUCUGCAAAGGUUAGUGAUUACCUAAAUUGGAUUAAGUUCUGUCUAGCAGCGUUUAAAGAAAUGUUGCUUGCUCUCUAAUUACCAUCAACUAGGAAUUUAAACGGUCUAUUAAAUUUAAGCUUUUUUUUUUUAAUCCACGAUAGUUCUAGUUCUAACAUAUUCUGGGGUUUUGGAGGCUUUCUUAUGUUCUUAAAUGUGUAGAGGGCGUUCUCUUCCUCCCCACCUUUUAAACAUAUUACAUUUCUCUAGGAGGAUAAUAAAUGGUGUUAUUAUAUACUGGCUUCAUUGAAAAGCAGAAGCUCCUAGCCAGGUACAUCUGGCUCUGUCAACCUCUGGAAAGCAAGCUGGUGAACUGAGCUCCUUGUCGGAAAUUUAGGGGCACCUAUGUGAAACUCUGGAGUAUAGGGGAUGGACAGAGUAUGGACGGAGGCUGGUUGGAUGGAGUAUGACUAGCUCCUUUAUCUCCGUAGUAAAAGGAUGGGCCAAUAAUGAAAAUCUGCCACCUUUACUCUGUGCUUGGGCUUUGAAUCAGAAACCGGAGUGCUCUUUAUCCAAGGGGGUGGUGUGUGCGCUCGGGUCUGGGACUAGGGUCAAGCAAGUGAGGCAUCAAGGGUAUAACCACGAAGGGCAUGGCCCUAAGAGACAGCGCCUCACCUGCCUGGUCCUCUUUGGGACCCUGGUAUGCUCACGGAUGACCUCUGCCUAGAGGGUUUCAGAAAGUAAUAGAACUCACCAGAAGAUCUCUCCUUCUUUCGCCCAUGCCCCGUGGGAAAAUAUGAUCAACAGUUACCCCUGCCACUGCCCAAAGAACCCAUCAUACGUGUUUGUACGGUUUAUUUUGUGUAUAAUCGUAUGUUACCCGAAGGCAUGUAUUUAUGUCUCUAGGCUUUCAUUCUCUUUCCUCCUCCUCAAUUUUGGGGUGCAAGUAUAUGAUUUUUCCAGUGCGUUCACCAGUGUCCUGGUUUCGCCACAGCAGGUUGCCAGCAGCAUUACCAUUUUCUCGCUCCUCUUUACCUGUUACAGAACUUGCUCUGGCUUGGCUGGUUCUUUUUGACCCGGGCUGGGUUCUGUGUUUGGUUGAAGGCAUCUGUGACAGCAGUUAGGUUUUUAGGUUUUUAGCAGAGACUAGGAUUAAGGGGCCACUUUGGGCUCCCUCGUUGAGGAACCAGAGUAUAUGUCCCCUUGAACUGAGCCUGGGAAGAUACCUCGAAGAAGCAUUUGUUUUUGUCUUCUUCCCAAGGACCGGGGGCAGGGAUCCAGCCAGGGUUGUGAUGUGCAUAUUGUGCUGAACUGAGCUGCCUCUGCCCCUGUUACAACCUGCUCGUGACCUCAGCUGCGUAAAUCCUCUGUGGAAACCCAUUAACGCUUGCCGUCUAAUUCCACAUACUCCUUUGGAACUGGCUCACCGUCAUUCCCCAGACGUCUUUGCGGUAUGUCAACUCCAGCUGUCAGUUCGGGGAAUUCUGCUGCAGGGUACCAGCUGCCUAAGUCCCCCACCACGAAGCUGUGUGACCCCUUUCACCAUAACGUCUCUGGAGGCAAAAUUGGUGUUGGCUAAAUUUGUGGUUUUAAGAAAUCCUGAGAACCGGAGGGCAGCCCUGGGAGAAGCCCUUCCCGGGGGCACUCGGAACCUUCUGGUCCAGAGGAGAAGGCGCUCCCCUCACCUGGACUUAUGACCCGCGGCUUCGCUCCCAGUCUGCCCACUGAGUUCCACAAGAUGGGCUCCUUCCGCAGGCCCAGGCCGCGUUUCAUGAGCUCCCCAGUGCUCAGCGAUCUGCCCCGGUUCCAAGCAGCCCGGCAGGCUCUGCAGCUCAGCUCCAACUCGGCCUGGAACAGCGUCCAGACUGCCGUGAUCAAUGUCUUCAAAGGAGGUGGCUUGCAAAGCAACGAGCUGUAUGCACUGAAUGAAAACAUCAGGAGGCUGCUGAAGAGUGAACUUGGAUCAUUCAUUACGGACUAUUUCCAGAACCAGCUUCUUGCAAAAGGCCUGUUGUUCGUGGAGGAGAAGAUUAAGCUGUGCGAAGGUGAAAAUCGCAUUGAGGCUCUGGCUGAAGUGUGGGACCACUUCUUCACUGAGACUCUCCCCACCCUGCAGGCAAUAUUUUAUCCAGUUCAGGGCCAGGAGCUGACCAUCCGUCAGAUCUCCCUGCUGGGCUUCCGUGACCUGGUGCUGCUGAAGGUGAAGCUUGGGGAUGUGCUGCUGCUGGCCCGGUCCCCGCCGCCCCCGUCCAUCGUCCAGAUGCUGCUCAUCCUGCAGAGUGUUCACGAGCCCACGGGCCCCAGUGAGGGUUAUUUGCAGCUGGAGGAACUGGUGAAGCAAGUGGUGUCUCCCUUCCUGGGCAUCAGUGAGGACCGCGGCGUCUCGGGUCCCACGUACAUGGCGGCCAGACGCCACUCCAGGGUCCGGCCCAAGGUCGCGGUCCUGAGCUACGCCUGCCCGACGACCGCCCUCAGCCGGCCCCUGAACGAGACAGCUCUGACCCCGCUGACGGAGCAGGAGGGGGAGGCCUACCUGGAGAAGUGCGGCAGCGUGCGGCGGCACACGGUGGCCAACGCCCACUCGGACAUCCAGCUGCUGGCGAUGGCCACCAUGAUGCACUCGGGCCUGGGUGAAGAGCCUGGCGGGGAGGACCAGUGCCUGCUCCUGCCGGCCAGCUUCUCGCCCCCGCACCGACAGUGCUCCAGCGAGCCCAACAUCACCGACAGCCCCGACGGCCUGGAGCAGGGGACCGCGGGCAGCGAGGAGGAUUCCGAGCUGAACUGUGCUUCCCUCGGUUGAACGCCCAGGCCCAGGACUUCCCAGCUCCGGCCUGCCACUGGCAUGAGAACGGCUCCAUCCCUGGGGUCAGUGGGGAGGGGGGCUCACCAAGGGGCUCCUCUUGGAGGCCAAGUCCAAGUGCCCCGGUUGUGAACCUCUCCAUGUUCAUGACUGUGACCCCCUCUCUGCAGCCACACAGACCCAACUGCCUGAGGCUUUCUUUCUGCUUGCUUGACUCCGGAUACUCCUCUCUGGGCUCUUCCGCCAGAUUAGUGCUGUCGGCUGCUCCCGACCAUAUCGCCCGGGGCCCCUGGGCAUGAUGACAGCGGGAGGUCGGAUGAGCCGCCCACGAAGCUGGCAAGGGUGCGCUGGCCUGCGGAGCUCCCCUGUAGGGGCUGGUGACACGGGGCUCCUAGAGUGGUACCUCUCCUCCCCUGUUCUGCGCGGGGUAAGAGAAGACAGCAGCUCCUGCCAAACAGGACGCUGGGAACGCGCCUUCUUUAUUACACUUUCGGAAUUCCUGGGAAGAGUUGACCCCGGCGGGUGCGGGUCCUUCUCACCUGUAUCCAGAUCCUACAUGCCGCCUUUGGCUUUUGCUCCCAGGGGGCCACAUGGCUAGAGAAACCCCCUCUUUGAUGAAGCUUCAGCGCUCUCCUCUCCAGCCUCCUCCCAAGCACAAAGAACUAACCUCCCUGGUGGAGUAGCUGGUGCCUUUGUUCCUCUCUCAUUUCAGAAACUGACCAUUUUCCUGCUGUGGGGUGUGGGGCCAGUGGAUGCCAACCAAGUAGUCUGUUCCUGGACUUGACUUGAAUUUUUUAAAUGUGCAUCGUUUCAAAAAAAAAAAAAAAAAGUUUGCAAAUAUUUGCACGUAGGAUCUUGCCCUGCUCAUUUCCAAGGGGGUUUGUCUUCAAACUAGAAGAUAAACAACUCCCCCCUUAGGAAAGGAGCCUGGAAGUGGCUCAGGGUGCAGGCUGGGUAGUGGUUGGGGCUGAUCAGCUGUAGAGCGCUGGAAGCAGCUGGACUUGAAUCCAGAGUGGCCUGUGUUUGUGAGCGUCACGGUCUACAGCACCGAGGUGGGGAGCCUCAGUUUGCCUGGAGCAGAGGGUCGUGGUGAAUGGAAUGUCUCAGUGCUGUAUAGCAGGGGAAGAUGAGGGAGAUGUGGGCAGGACCUUUUAGAAAGAUGUUCAUUCCCUGUGAUUGAAGAAGUGCCUGGAAUUUCUAACAUCUGAGCUCUCAACGUGCUGUGUGGGGCAGCAGGCUUUGGUACUGUGCUGAGUCCUUGACACUGCUCCCUCCAGGUCUGGGCUCUUUGUCCACCUGGAACCACUGUUCUCUGUAUUUGCCUGUAUUUGUUGGCCCCCCUGGUAACAGCUCCAGAAAAAAAGAGAAGGCUCUCCUGAAUCCUUCUGGUACCUUCUAGGUGUCCAGUUAGUCUUUAGAAACCGUUAAUGAGGCAUGAGCUAGCUUGGCUUCCAACAUGGCAGGAGGUGGCUGGGAGGGACGAGCCCAGUGUGAGCCGCCGGCAGGGAACGAGGCCUUCUCAGCCUAUCUGAGCCUUGACGGCACAUCCCUUCUGGGCGAAGAUCUGGACUAGGACCAGAGUCAUGCUUUGGAUGGCUUGUACUUUGGAAAGUUUGUAUAAAAGGUUGUCUCAUUUUUAUUCUUCUAAGAGAAUGUGGAAGAGAAAUGCCCCAGGGAGAACUUCGGAGAAUUUCAAACAAAAAAAAAUCAUCUCUGUGUCUGCGUUGGGUGAGGUCCACAAAUUGACUAACGUACAUUAGCGAUCUAGAACAUCCGUGAGUAACAGCGUGAUGGUUUCUUUGACUGGUGGUCUGUCCUUACUGGUACACUUAGCACUUGGGACUAGUAUUUAUUGAUCCAGGCAAAGUCAUUAAUCAUGUCUGGGUUUGCUUUUUUAGUUUACAACAUUAAUGAUAUAUACGCUUUUAAAUGCCUUGUGUGUCUCCUUUAGGAGAACAGCAGUCGUGGGUUAAACGUGAGCUGUUGGGUGGAGAAUCGGAGGGUCGGGAUAGCCCCAGUACACUCAACGGCUGUUGACGGUCAGCCAGUUGACGAUUUCACCCUUGAUGUCCUGCCCGAUACUGUGCAGCGCCUAUUUUAGACUCUACAGAAAAAAAUGUUGUUGAUGUUUAUGGGCAUUUUAGCCAUCAGAGCUGUGGUGAGGGUGACAGCUGUAGUGUUUGUAAGCUCUUUUUCUCCCUCUGUGAGAUAAGCUAGGGUCUCCUGGGGGCUGCGUUUUAAUGACAGGAAGCUAUCACGGCUCUGAGCUCGGGGCGAGCUCACAACCCAAAAACGUUUCAUGUUGUCCGUUUCCAAAAUAGAUUCAAUAAACAUUGUUUUGUACACGUCA